CUGUUGAACUGUUGAGGCGGCCAUGUUGGAUCGGGGUUGUGGCGAGGCUGAUGUAACGUGCUGUCGUGGUCUUUAUUUCACUUGCAAAGUCGUGUCAAUUUCCACAUGAAAUAUGGCGUCAGAAGGUUCUACCACGGGGCAGCCUCAUCUACACAAGCAGGAUUUGUCAAAAUUAGAUAUAUCUAAGCUCACUGCACUUUCACCUGAGGUUAUCAGCAGACAAGCCACAAUCAAUAUAGGUACUAUUGGCCAUGUCGCCCAUGGUAAAUCUACUGUUGUGAAGGCAAUUUCUGGUGUACAAACUGUCCGAUUCAAGAAUGAACUGGAAAGAAACAUCACCAUUAAGCUGGGCAACGAGGAGGGAGGAGGAGACAAAUUUGAAAAGGAAGGAAAAGUUGCUCCACACGUCCAGAAGAAGAAGAAGAAAUCCGCUGCAAAAUAUGGACAAAAGUUCAAGUCCUCAAAAAAGAAAAAAGAAAACGAAGCUGUAGUCGUAGCUCCUGUUUUGGAGGAUGGUGUGUGGGAGGUGGAGGAGAUCCUUGAUUUAAACGUAAUAAAUGGUCAAAAAAAGUUUUUAGUGAAGUGGAAGGAGUGGGGACCGGAGUACAAUAGUUGGGAGAAGUUCACAAACCUCACAACUUGUCAAGAGGCAAUCGUUGAUUUCUUCAAAAGAAACAACUCACAGCGUGUAUUGGACGUCCUUUUAGGAAAGGUGACUAUCAGUAUAGAGGAAAAGUUCACAAGAGAGCAGCAACUGCUGCUCCUUGCUGAGUGGGAGACAGAAAUCAACAAGUUAUCCCCCCAUGAGGCGCGCAUCACUGUGGAGAACGAUGUCGACAACGAACGAGCUCCUGCAAACUUCACUUACAUCGCAAGUUACAUUGCAGGACCCAAUGUAGUUUUGCCAGAAGAUCCACCUAUUGGUUGUGCGUGUUCGGACUGUGGCCCCAAAAGUGUUUGCUGCAACUCUCAAAAUGAUGCCCCCUUUGCAUAUCAGAAAAAGAGACUCCAUGUUCCUCAAGGCACUCCCAUCUUUGAGUGCAACAAAAAGUGCAUGUGUGGUGACGAAUGUCCCAACCGUGUAGUCCAGCAAGGAAGACAAGUCGCCCUUUCGAUUUAUCGUACAAAUAAUGGUUGUGGGUGGGGAGUGAAAGCCAAACAAGCUAUAAAAAAGGGAACUUUCAUCUGUGAAUAUGUUGGUGAAGUGCUUUUUAGUGAUGAGGCAGAAGUCAGAGGUGCUCAGCACCGAACUGAUGGAAGAACUUAUCUUUUUGAUCUGGACUUCAAUGAUCCCGAAGAUCCCCUCUACACAGUUGAUGCUGCCAAGUAUGGAAAUGUCUCCCAUUUCAUAAAUCACAGUUGCAGCCCAAACUGUGGUGUUUUUGCAGUAUUCAUUAACUGCCUGGACCCUAACCUACCCAGAUUAGCUCUCUUUGCUCUAAGGGAUAUCCGUGCUGAAGAACAAAUAUCUUUUUGCUAUACAUCCAACCCCAGGCUCUCAAAAUCCAUUACUGCAGCUAAUGAUGAUGGAACCAUGCUGCAGUGCAAGUGUGGUGCAGACAACUGCAGAAAAUUUUUAUUUUAAUUGUUAAGUGUUAAUAUGUGUGAUCUAGUGUUAACACCAAGUUGAAUGUUUUUCCCUUCCCAUUUUUUUUGCCUGCUGUGUUUUUUGUUGGUUUCUUUGUUAUUUGUAUUUUUGAUAAGUACUGAUUUUUGUACUGUUUUUUCUUCUCCUUUCGUAAAACACAUCAAUAAAUUUUUGUACAAAUAAUCUAGAA